UUCCUUAAAUUUGUUGCUAUCCUGGCUUUUUUACAUUUUGUUCAAACUGGGGUAGCACCGCAGCUAGUAAUGUUUCGAACCCCUCCAGAUUUGAAUAUAGAGCAAAAAUUGGUGAAAUUUGAUCGGCAUAUGAAGUACCUUGUGCCAUUCCUCAGACCCCUUUGGGGUUUUGUUUAACGGACUCCAAGAGUACAACUUCCCGUUCAAAGAACUCUUAGGGUUCUCAAAUGCGUUGGUGAUAGUAAUUCUGAGCAUCUUCCAUUGUGACAGUCUGAGCUGAUUAACUCCUGCAUACGUAUUGACCAAAGUCUUUAGUGAAUUCAGAUAUUUUUCUAAGAGUUGGAUGACCGAGUUAUACUAUGGGUAUCAAGAGCUUGGAUCAAGAUACUGAAAGAAAGAACUUGGAGUUAUUAACAAGAUCAUUGCUACUGAAGGAUUGGCCAUUUAUAUAGAGAAAUCAGACUGUAUUCGCAUGAGAAUUGGACAGUACUUCAUGCCUACUUUUUUAGGCAACGAUACCUCAAAUUGCUCAGAGUAUGAUCAGACCAUCCAAAGUUUCUCUGAACAACCUGUGGAUCCAGGCAUCGAUUGGACACCUCUCUGCGUUAAACUCACCAUCACUCUAGCUCUUGCUGUCGUGAAUUACCUCUGCUUCAAACUAGUUCUCCAAGAAUGGAAGAAAACCCAAGAACUAUAUCAGCCACAGUCCAAUGACAUACCUCUGUCUCAAAUUGAAAAUGACUAUUUUUCAGGUGAAAGCUUCCCAAAUUCACAGCAAUCUCUAGAAGAAAGCAAAGAAGUCGUUGACUCAGUCUCAAGUGAAGAGAGAAGGGGACAUUCCUGCAUUCUUGAUAAUCAAAUCGCACAGGGUCUUCCAAUAAAUGCGGGGUUUUCUUCCUCCCAUAAUAGUUUCUAACACCCAUUUCGAAGCUCC